UUAAUUUUUUUUUAGUAAUGCCCAUGUUGAGGGUUAGGCCCAAAAAAAAUUUAUUUUGGAAAUCAUAAUCAGUUUCCAUGUGAAUGGUCUGGCAAGGUUUGAAUUUGAGUUGGCAAUGAUACAUUGUUGUGCAUAUACAAUGCUUUGAUCCACAAUAAAUGCAUACAGAUCUUCCAUGAAAAACUCCAAAAAUUCAAGGGAAGGAGUUAAAUUUGCUAUUUCCACCUGAAUUCCGGGUUGGGCAGUGAAUGGGUGCAGCAGAAUUUGUGGGCUGCCAAUCGGGAUUUGUAAGCACAUCUGGAAGGAUACUAGGGGCUCUACGGGCCUGUGUGCGAAUUCUUGGUGGUUGCAAGACAAUACUUGUGCUCGCCACCAGCUUGUACUGCACUUAUGAGACUCGCCACAUCACCAAGUCAUACUACAGUGCUGGUAUAUGAAAGGCCAGGAUGUACUAG